UAGUCUAUUCAUAAUGCCUUCACAAAAGAUAAAAGGAUGUAUUGCCACCAAUAGUGACAAUUUUUUGCAGCCCAUGAAAACAGAACUAUGUAAAAAUAAGAAAAAAAGAAAGCGUUGGAAUACAAUGGAGGAAAGUUGCUUCCUAGAUGUUUGGCACAGUAAAUUACCACUUCUGCGAAACGAAAGAAAAAAUGGUCCAAUUUACAUAAAAAUGGUUAACGAGCUUGCGGAUCAGGGAGUGUUCGUUACUGUUACUGAUAUUAAGACGAAAAUUGAUACUGUCACGCGGAAAUUUCGAGUUGAACGGGAUAAAGAUAAAUGUUCAAACUGGAUCCAUUAUGCAAAGAUGGCCGAAAUUCUGGGGCCUGCAGAAGAUAAAAGCUUUAAUAGUUUUUCCGAUGACACCUCUGACACGAAUUUCAAUUCAGUGUACCUGAACGAUUACGAUUCCAUCUUACUGGACGACGAAGAAACUAAGACUAAGCGGGAGGUCACAACCAUUGGCUGUGUGACUUCAACAAAGGAGGUAUACGAGAAUUCAGAACGACCAUACAGGGACUCAGACAUAUCGUCAACGCAGUGCGUUGCUGUUCUACAAAAUACCGACAGCUUUGAGGAUUCAAUGGACUCUGGACUUCAAGAAUAUGAAUUCGGUCAGCUUGUAACGAAAGAAUUGGAAAGAUUAGAAGAAGACCUACGCGUAGACACUAAACGAAAAGUAUACAAUCUAAUUUGUGAUGCCCACUUAAAGCAACUCCAACGUAAUUCUCAAAGAUAGUAAAAGUUGUGCUAAUGUAUGUAUGUUUAUGUUAAACUGUUCAUGGUGUAUCAGCUGUAGAAAUAGGUAAAUAAAGUAGCCGAUGCCAAUUACUUUGCCAUUCACUCUAA